AGUAACAAGCUGGCGGACAAAGUGUCGCUCUGGCGUGGCGACAUCACGCGGCUGGAGCUGGACGCCGUGGUGAACGCGGCCAACCGCUCGCUGCUGGGCGGCGGCGGCGUGGACGGCGCCAUCCACGCGGCGGCUGGGCCGCAGCUGCGUGCAGAGUGUGCCGCGCGCGGCUGCGACACCGGCGAGGUGAAGCUCACACAGGGCUACCGGCUGCCGGCGCGCCACGUGCUGCACACUGUCGGGCCGGUGGGCGAGAAGCCAGACCUCCUGCGACGCUGCUACGCCGGGUGCCUGGAGCUGGCGCGCCGCCACGGCCUCCGUUCGCUAGCGUUUCCAUGCGUGUCGACCGGCGUGUUCGGCUACCCGAACGAGGCGGCGGCGCGCGUGGCGCUGGCCACGGUGCGCCAGCUGGAGCAGCACGCCGACGAGCUGGACCGCGUCGUGUUCUGUCUUUUUCUCGAACAAGAUGUGAAGGCGUACCAACGUCUGAUGCCAGUCUUCUUCCCGCUGGAGGACGGCGCCUGAUGGCGCUUUUCUUCCCGCUGGAGUGCAGCGUCUGAUGCAUGUCAUAUGGGAAGUUGGAGCCGUGCGAGGAGCCGGCGGUCGUUCGGUGUAAGGUGUUCGGAGAUCCGACGUUUUGG